UGAAGUAACUUCCGGAAUAUUAUUUGUACAAUUUUCUCUAGAAAAACCCUGACCCCCAUCCCCGACCUGAACGCCACCGCAAAUCGGCCACCUCCGCCCACCGCCGUGACCAUUGCCGCCGAUGCCGGACGACGAUAAGGUGACUGCGAUAAAUAUUGGAGGAAAUUGAACUUUUUUCUGAGGUCAUCGGUCCCUGCUUUGCAUUUUUCGUCGCCGAAAUUAAACUACACAGAUAUUAGAAUGUGUGUGCUUUGUAAGAGAUAACUGCCUGUAUUAAAGGUCUAAAACCUGGAGUUGAUUAUGGCAAGCAAACGAGUCCCUCAUCCCCACCUUCACCGUCCUCUUCCCGAUCCAUAUGCCUCGGGUGCAGUGCACCCUGAUCAGUAUGCCUCGGCGAUUCGUCCACCACAUGGCGGUUUCCCACAUUUCGAAAUGCUGCCUCCUCACGAGGUAAUGGCGCACAAGCUCUCCGCACAACACAUCGAGAUAGAGAAACUCGUAACGGAGAACAGGAGGCUUGCUGCCACUCAUGGAACUCUAAGGCAAGAUCUUGCUACCGCGCAGCAAGACCUACAGUUGAUACACGCUCACAUUGCGGAUGGGAAGGCUGAAAAGGAGCAGCAGAUGAAAGGUAUUAUAGAUAAAAUGUCGAUCAUGGACUCGGAACUUGAAGCUGCAGAGCCCAUUAAAGCGGAGUUGCAGAAAGCCCGAGCUGAAGCACUGAGUUCGGUUGCUACAAGGCAGGAACUUAUUUCAAAGGCGCAGCAGUUGAAUCACGAUCUUCAUAAGGCUCACUCCGAGGCACAGCAGAUCCCUUCUCUAAUGGCUGAGCUUGAUAGCUUGAGACAGGAGUAUCAGCAUUGCAGGGGUACUUAUGACUACGAGAAGAAGUUAUACAAUGACCACCUUGAAUCUCUCCAGGUGAUGGAGCAGAAUUAUACGGCAAUGUCGAGAGAGGUGGAAAAGCUAAGAGCAGAGUUAACUAAUUCUGCAAAUUUUGAUCCACAAACAGGUGGGCCUUACGGUGGAUCUGCUGGAUAUAACGAAGCUGCUCUUGCCGGACACUAUGCGUCUGCUCAAAACGCCUAUGCUGUAGGACAGCAGGGGCUAGCCCCCCUUCCCGGAGAUGGUAGUGGGGGUGGAGCUGCUGGUGCAGCAGCUGGUACAGGGGGUAAUUCUCCUCAUGUUGUAGGGCAAUCUGCUCCAUAUGGUUCAUCUAGAGUGGGAAUUGGUUAUGAUCCACAUAGAGGCCCAACUGCCUCGUCCCAUAAUAAUAAUAAUAAUAAUAAUAUUAAUAAUAAUAAUAAUAUUAAUAAUAAUAAUGUCCAAAGAGGGCCUGUAUAUGAUGGUCAGAGAGGAAAUAGACCCGAACCGCAGUCGGUGCAGAGAAAUCCUGGUUAUGGUGGACCAAGUGCUCCAGUUUAUAAUAGAGGUUUAGGAGAUGAAAAUCAAACGGGAGCUAAUUACGAAUCACAGUACGACCCUUUGUCUAGAGGAGGUGGUGCUGUAGGAGGACCCCCUCAAGGGCAGGUUUCUGCUAACAACGUACCUUAUGCUUCAACACCGAACAAUAGAGCUGGAAACCCAGUUCGUAGGUGAAACACGUGAUUUUUCUGGAACUUCUUAAAGGUCAUUUCUUACAAUUCUUUCAACGGAGAAUGCAAGAUUUUUAUCGUGAAGAAAGCAAGUCAAAUGUUGGGGUGGAUGCAACAUAAAGACUUGCUUCUAUGGAACAGACCAUGCAGCAUGCAAUAUAAAGAAUGUACUGAUUUUUGAACUAUCCACUUGGUCUUGUUUUGAGUGGAAUGCCUCGGUUAGAAUUGAACUGAAUUUAUUUCCAAUGCGUCGAAAUCCAAUUUUUGUUAUUUGUUAUGAUGUUCUGUAUAUCCAACUGGCACAAUAUUAACGCUUCGUAAAUAUUGACUUUUCCAGGUAUUAGAGGUGCUCAUCUUAUGUUAUAUUUGGUAUUUUGCAGC